AGUAUUACGAUACUUGUGAAAUUGUGUAAGAUUAUCCCAUGUUGUCAUGUCAUUAUUGUAUUAUUAGUAAACUACAUUCAAAUAACUAGCGUCAGAUAAAAGAAAAAAAAAAAAAGAAAAACAAUGAUUAAGUUAACAAAAAUAUUUAAUUUAGAAGAUUUCACAUUAAUAGUGCCGACAGUGGCAGUUGGUAAUGUCGCUCAAUUAACUGUCGAUCUGUUAAUUGCGAGUCUUAACCUUCAAAGAGUUGGGCAAAUUGUAACUUCUUCUUUUAUACCCAUAGUUGGGUUGGAUCCUUAUAUAGAAACAUCUGAAUUUUUAAGUACUGCAGUUGAUAUAUAUGCAGGAAUUGAAAAUAAAAUACUUGUUAUACAAAUUCGUUCACCAUUUGUCAAAUCAUUAAAUAAAUUUUAUCACAAUUUAUUGGAGUUUAUUACAACAAAUAAAAUAUCUAAGGUAGUAAUCCUGACGAGUAGUUAUGCUUAUGAGAAAACAGAUAGUCAAUUAAAUCUUACAGAAUUGAGAUACAUUGCAUCUGCUGAUGUAUUAACUGCUAACAAACAAGUUUUUGAUGAUUUAAAAUGGCUUCAAUAUGAAUCAAAGCAUAUAUCUUGUCCAAACAAACAAAUAACACACAUUCCAGGAGGAGGCUUCGCAAUCAAUUUAUUUGAUUUUCUUACAAAUAAUAAUAUACCAUGUAUAAUUUUAUUUAAAUUUUGUUCUGAAGGAGAUAAUAUUCCAGAUGCAUUAAAUUUAAUGAACUACUUAAAUCAAUGGAUGAAUUUAUUACAAAUUAAUUCUAUUGGAUCUUUAGCUAUCAAGUAUCCACCAUCAUGGAAAUAUUUAUUUGGAAAUGUACCAUCAUCUGAGAUAUAUUAAAUAAAGUACAAUAUGUUAUGAAAUUAUUAAAAAAAAAAAUGUUUAUUUCUGUUAACGAUAUCU